UACGCACGUUACCUGGCAGGUAUUGGCUCUUCAAGUUCAGAUCUGUCAGCCUCUCGCUUAUUGAUGGAAUGGAACUCAUGUGUUGAGGCCCUUACUUCCCUUGCCGAUCUUGUCAAGAGAGCUAGCGCAUUCACAAUAACUCCAUAUCGACAUACUGAGGGAGGUGGGUCUAAUGAGGAUAGUCUGCAUCCUGUCGCUCCUGAAGCUUUCAGUCUGAUGAAUACUUUGCUGCCAAUUCUUAUGCCACGAUGUCGUCAAUUCCUCGAAGCACUGCUUCGUGGAGGUAUGCCCCUCUUGGACAGUUUGUUCAGGUCUUGA